GCUGACACUCCAGUAAUCCGCUGUUAGGAGGAGAUUGCAUCCUUGUCCACUGCGCCCAGGGCUUUCAGUGUGGAAGAAUUAAAGCCGGUGGGAAAAAAUAAUAUAGAAUGGGAACAUACGAAUGUAAAAAAGGAGCGUAACAGUCCCACCUGAGAUCAUUAAACACUGCGAUUCUUGGAUGGAGCAGUUUUUUUUUUCUUUUUUUUUUUUACUAUGGGUGAUCUUCCAUUCAAGGCGACAACGGGACUGGAGCUCGGAUGUCUUCUAACAUAAAACAACAAGGCUCAGCAUCUGUAACAAAUCCCGGGAAUAUGAGGUGAAGGCAGGCUGGAAUAGACCCGACACAAGGCGGUUCAUGCGGGAUUGAGUGCGCCUCCCGGAAUGACAUCCUCACGGCUAUUUUGACGUUUCGAGCAAAGCGUGUGUGUGUGCAUGUCGCCUCUUGCACCCUCCUCUGGCUUGUGUUCCGACUGUGGAAGCGAACCCCCGACCACCUUUUCAUGCACAAGUAAUGAUUUGCGGUGCAGACUUAAUUAAAAAGCGCACAUUCGCUUUCAUUAACAGCGAUUAAUCGUCCCAUAACGUGAGCUGAGCAUGUAAAUCCAACCCCAGAGAAGCCCAUGUGAUCUACUUCUCAUAUUAUUGACUGUGUUCCUCAUUUAAAGACUGAAGAACCCGGAAUAACGCCGACUUGUGCUCCAGGGGUUUGUCAGUACUCAUCAGAAUGCACGCAAACGCGGUGACUCUUUGCAUUCUUUCUCUGGUAUGAUACUUGUUUGCCUUCAGCCUGUGCAGACUUGCAAUGACAGUCUGGGAAGUCCACAUAAAUCCAAGCGCAAGUUGAUGAACUAGACUGGCCGGCCUCAGCUCUGGGAUCAGACACAAAUUAAGCUGUGCCUUUCAGACAGAGGAAACUAGGAUCAUCUCCCGUCCUGUCCUGGUGCUGGCAGAAGCACCGCAGCCUGAAACGGAACAUUCCUCUUGGGUGUUUUAUCGGAUAUUACCCAGAAUAUGAGGCUGAGCUGUAAACAUUUUCCCUUCUCUGACACAUUGGAAGUUUUCAAAUCCAGCUUCCUGUAUCUGGGCUGUGUUCAUGUUCAAUUCUGGAGUUCAAGUCUUUUUUUUUUUUUUUUUUUUUGUCUCAUGUUGAGAUGCAGAAAUCUGGGAAUACCAAAGUCAUCUAUUCACUAAGGGGUUUGAACACAAAAGCUUUAUCCAGUGGGAGAAAUGCAGUUGGGGUGUUUUACUGGUAACCUCCCCAGCAGCUGUUAGUCAGACUGGGUUUCUGAAAGAUGAGACUUGGAUAUUAACAUAGUUGUAGUUUUGCCAACACCCUACCCAGGAAAUACACCGAUGCGUCAAUCUCCAGUGCCCACUGCUGUGAAGAUAUUCCUUUCUGCUGUUUAUUUCAACAAAAGCCAUCCCACUAUUGAGCGCUGUCAGCUGUCUUUAUGGGCUGCUAUGUUGUUGCGAUGUCCCACCUAGAUAUUACCUUUUCGACCGUUGGAAGCUUAAACACUCCGACAGUAUACUGGUUAAACUGCUGAGAUGCAGAUAUACAGUGAAUACAUUCACACACCUUUUCCUGUUCUUGCCAAUCUGCUGAGCAUGAGCAGAGGAAACAGGAGCCAGGCAUGAGACUGCACAGACGUGGAAGAUGUGUCAGAGGGAACGCUGGAGGAAUUAUGAGUGGCACUGUGGAAGACAUGGUGCAGAGUGUUACAAGCUUAAAAUCUACAAGAGAGAGAGAAUUAUGGGCCUGUGCUGUGAGAAAAUAGUAUUCUCCUCUCUGAGAUCAACCGCUGAAUUGGAAUCGGUGUUUCAUGAAUCAAUUUACUACUUCAUUUGAGAACUUCUUCCCUGUGGUAUCUUGGAAAUUAAUCCUAAUCUGCGUACAUGGACCCCUGCAUGUUACAACUCUAUUUUGAGCGCCCUCAUCAUUGAUCACUGUUGGUGUAUUUUUCUUUUUUUUCCAUUCUUACUUCAGUGUGGGAGUUCUCCUAUAAGAGUGAAUUAAGCCUGUUUGAAGCAAAGUUGCCAACAGGAAGUUUAUUGCGUGAACUGAAACAUGAUGAGGGUUGCAGAUGUGGUCCAAAUAAUCACAGCGAGUGUACUGAGUGUAACUUAACUAAAAUCAAUUUCCGUGCACUUGGAGGGUAAAAAGAAACAGAUAUCUUAUCAGAGUGCAUUCAGAGACUUUUUCCCCUGGCCGUGGUGAUGGGGAGCUCAGCCUCGUCUCUCACUGCAGAGACAGAGUCGGACCAUGGCUUCCGAAGCACCCCGUACCCAUCAUCACCUCCUGUGGGCUGGCUCAGGAACAGCCACAGCAGCCCGGUGUGGGGUACCACCUUCAUCACACGUCAGCAGCAGCACCCGCUCCCUCAUCGAGAGCGCAGCCACUCCCAUUCGCCUGGCUCCAUGGCAGCAGCAGUGCGAGGAAGUGAAUGGUCAUGUGGACGCUGCACCUUCUUAAAUGCCGGCGCAGCACCUCGCUGUUCCAUCUGUGAGGCACCACGCCAAAAACCAGACCUGAACCAAAUCCUCCGCCUGAGUAGCACUGAAGAGCAUCGCUGGGCCUGCCCCCGCUGCACGCUUAACAAUCCCCAAGGAUCUGGAGCCUGUUCUGUCUGCGGCUUUGGACCAUCCCCUGCCACUCACACACCCCCUACCACCACCAUAGCUGCCACUGCCAAUGGCCUCCCACCAGCUCCGACCGAAUCACCAACAGCUACUGUCACUCCCAGUGUGCUACUUGAGCCUCAUGGACAGCAUCCAGCCAAAGAGGAAGCUCUGCGACGUUCAGAGAGCAAUGGAGAAGUGUGUGGUCCAGAGGGGCAGCACCAGGGAUGGGCUUGCCCUCGCUGCACACUACACAAUACACCUGUGGCGCUGUCCUGCUCCGCCUGUGGUGGACCCAGAAAACUGUCCUUGCCUAAAAUUCCUCCUGAGGCACUGGUUGUGCCGGAGGUGCGCACACCUGUACUGGGGUUUCCUGUGCACUCAGCUGGCACUACACCACUACUUAUAGACUUAACAGAUGACUCUCCCCCACCUCCUCCAUGUGAUCCUCAAGAACCUCCCCAUGUUUCCUCACAAUCCCUCUCCUCCCCUUUUGCUUCUUUUUCCUCUCUCCAGAACAACCCUGUGCCACGCAGCAGGAGAGAGGUGCCCCCUCCAGGACGCCCACCAAACCCGGGCACCAACACACCCAGUCCAACAUCACCCUCAACGGCCAUUGUGCCACCCCAGCCCGGUCCACAGCGGCCAGCCAAGCCCAAACAUGCGCAACCCCAGGAACCUUCAUAUCCAAGCAAGCGACUCAGUAUCUUGGAAGAAGAAGACCCUCAACACCCCCCACUGACCACUCAUCUCCCUGUUGCUCCUUCUGGUGCCCCCACCUGGAAGUGCCCUAGCUGCUCAUUGCCUAACCCAGGUAACACGUCGAAGUGUGAGGCCUGCCGAUCAUCACGGGCUGGUGCUGACCUCAUUGACCUAGUAGGCUGCGAAACGGUACGAUUUACCCCAGCCAGCCCCUCCAGCCCAGAUUUUAGCACCUGGGCCUGUUCAAAAUGUACACUGCGCAACCCCACAGGUGCACCCAAGUGCUCAGCCUGUGGUUCUUCCAAGCUACAUGGAUUUCAGGAGCAGCAGACACCUCUACCCCGCUGCUGCCCAGUCUGUGGCCUAACGUUAGGGCCUAGUGCAACAUCAUGUUCCUGUACACCACCUUCUUCAUCCUCUACGAGUCAUAAAACACGAAAACAGGCACGAGGCUUCCCUUCAUCCUCUGCUAUUGCCUCAUCUAGUUCCUCCUCCUCCUCCUCAUCAGGCCUUCAGGAGAAGGUAGGACAGUGGGGCUGCCCAGCAUGUACACUGCUCAAUGACAUCAAGGCCAAAAACUGUGCAGCGUGCCACACGCCCCAGCAGUACCUCACUCUACGCAAGGUGGUGAAACCUCUGAAAAGGAGGGAGAGCAUGCAUGUAGAGGCCCGCCGAAGAAAUGACGAGGGCGAGGCAAAGGAGCUGUGGGAGAAUAUAGUCACCUUCUGCAGAGAGAACACUGUGAACUUCGUGGAUGACAGUUUCCCCCCGGGACCACGCUCUGUGGGCUUCCCUGACGGUGACAGCGUCCAGCAGCGAAUCAAAAAGUGGCUCCGUCCCCAUGAGAUCAACUGCAGCAACUUCAAGGACCGCGGUGUCAAGUGGUCCGUCUUCCGCACGCCACGACCCUCCGAUCUGCAAGGCCUGCUCGGAAACUGCUGGUUCCUGAGUGCGCUGGCGGUGCUGGCGGAACGUCCGGAGCUGGUGGAGAGGGUGAUGAUCACCAGGACGAUCUGCCCAGAGGGAGCCUACCAGGUUCGGUUAUAAGAUGGUACGUGGACGACGGUGCUGGUGGAUGACAUGCUGCCUGUGACGACUACGGCUACCUCCUCCUUCUCCCAGGCUCAGAGGAAGCAGCUGUGGGUGGCGCUGAUAGAGAAGGCCUUGGCCAAACUCCAUGGCUCCUACUUUGCCCUGCAGGCAGGGCGUGCCAUCGAAGGCUUGGCCACGUUGACGGGGGCUCCCUGUGACUCCCUGAUGCUCCAGGUCAGCUCCACCAACCCACGGGAGGAACCCAUCGACACUGACCUCAUCUGGGCAAAGAUGCUCAGCUCCAAGGAGGCUGGGUUUCUGAUGGGUGCAUCAUGCGGAGGAGGCAACAUGAAAGUAGAUGAUGUUGUUUAUGAGUCGCUGGGUCUGCGGCCUCGUCAUGCCUACUCCAUCUUGGAUGUACGAGACGUUCAGGGUUACAGGUUGUUGCGGCUUCGUAACCCGUGGGGUCGCUUUUCGUGGAAUGGCAGCUGGUCGGACGAGUGGGCAGACUGGCCGCAGCAUCUGCGUCAUGAGCUCAUGGCCAACGGCAGCAGUGAGGGGGUCUUCUGGAUGGAGUACACCGACUUCAUAAAGUACUUUGACUCUGUGGACAUCUGUAAGAUCCACUCAGACUGGCAGGAGGUGAGGGCUACAGGGUGCUUCCCCAAGGCGAGCGGGCCGGUCACCGUCACAGCCCUCACUGUGCUGGAGAGGACGGCGCUGGAGUUCGCCCUCUUUCAGGAGGGAAGCAGGCGCUCAGACACGGCCGACAGCCACCUGCUGGACCUGUGCAUCAUGGUAUUUCGCGCGUCCUUCGGCAGCAGCAACAAGCUGACUCUGGGCCGACUGUUGGCCCACAGCAAGCGAGCUGUGAAGAAGUUCGUUGGCUGUGAUGUAAUGCUGGAGCCGGGCGAGUACGCCGUGGUCUGCUGCGCCUUCAACCACUGGCAGAUGAACGUCAGCGGGUCUGGAGGUCCACCAACGCCAAUCUCGAGCCCUACUAGCGGAGCAGUACGGAGGCCCAGCCAGGACUUUCCAGGCUACAUCCUCGCCAUCUACAGCUCGCGACAGGUGAUGGUGGAGCAGGUGGAGGCGACUGCCACCACGCUGGCCGAUGCCAUCAUCCUCCUCACGGAAAACAAAGGCGAAAGACAUGAGGGACGCGAGGGAAUGACUUGCUACUACUUAACCCACGGCUGGGCAGGGCUCAUAGUGGUGGUAGAGAACCGCCACCCCAAGUACUACCUCCACGUCUCCUGCGACUGCACUGACAGCUUCAAUGUAGUGUCCACACGUGGCAGCCUCAAGACCAUCGACAGCGUACCACCUUUGCACCGGCAGGUACUGGUGGUGCUCUCACAGCUGGAGGGAAACGCCGGUUUCUCUAUCACCCAUCGUCUGGCUCAUCGUAAGGCGGCCCAAGCCUCUCUGGGAGAUUGGACCCCGACCAAGGCCACCCACAGUCCUCAACUCACCCCGGACAUUGACGGCUUGCACCGACCCAGACCCCUAUGACCACCGCCCUCCUGCACACACACAUGCACAGACUCUAAACCAAUGAACUGUCAGAGCACUGGAAACCAGGCAGGGGGUAAACGCGGUGCAUCAUUAAAACAAGGAGUACGAUGUGUAUAUGUGUGGUUCUUUUGGUGAACACACACCUGAAUGUAAAGCAUUAUGGGCUGCAUUUGUGUGCUCUCCUUCUUAAGCUCCAUAAAAUGCUACCGCUUUCAUCCGGCCCACACACGCGCUCUGUUUUUGCCAAGUGGAUGUGCCAUGUCAGGAUGAAAUGAGGGAAGUGGGGCAACCGGGACUCCCCCUACUCCAGGCAACCCAACAGGAUCCAGUUCAGACUACUUGAACAUUUUUUUUUUGUUUGUUUGUUUCUUUGUUUUUGUACAAGCGCUGUAUGUGGAACAGAUGUCAGACAUAAGUUUCAUAUGCUUGGAUUAGACCCUGUUUUCAAUGAGCUUCACAAGAGUCAGGGUGGAGUGCUGUAACUACUGAGCCAUUUUCUGGCCCACAACCUAUGAGCCAAUCACCCGCCCCACUGAGACAUUUCCCCCUAUUCCAUGUUGUCCCCAAGUACGCCCAAUUGGAGAGCUAACAAACUGAGAGGCCCUCACCCAGCCCUCAGCGUGGUACUUAAUGAGCCAAACCCAACAAGUAGUUCUACUCAGUCAUGCGCGUGUUGUUUAAUUUGUGACAGUACUGUCGUCAGUCUUAACUGUUUUAUACACAGACCUUCUUGCUGACCCAUCUAUGUUUGUGAGUGUGUUUGAGGUCAUACAAAAAGCCAUCAGUCAUACAGUACUGUCAGCAUCCACCUCUCCAUCAUCUCUGCAGUGCUCUGUAGCGCUCUUUCUAGCUCAGGACCAAACCCAUAAUUUGUACAUUAAGCCGAACUCAAAGAAAACCUCAAGCUGAUUUUUUUUUGUGGCAGGUCUACGGUGCCCACAUAGUUGGAUUACCAUCUUUCCUCUUCAUCUGUCGUGUGUAACUUUGUAAUCAGUCCGCUCUCAUUUGAUCACCUUGUUAAAAGUAGAUUUGUGGGUUUUUAGCUUUGAAAUGCUGACGAAUUAUUUUGUUUCCAACCUCUGUCUCUUGUGUUCCUUCUUCGAGUCAUUUUAAUUCACUCAGUCCCAGAUUGGGGUGUGAACGCUGGAAGAAAGUCAUUUAAUGACUCGCUUUAUAGUAUUUUAUCCCUUAGGCGCACUGGUUUCCUCAUCCAUUUCAGCUGCCAGUCCAUCUCUGAACACAUCAUUUCACAGCUUAGGAACAACUCCCCUCUCUGGACACCAUCUAGAGUAAAAUAAAGUUGCAUCUUGCACUCUCGGAUUGUGACACUUUAAAAUUUGUGUCUCAUCUUUUUUCGGUACUGAAGGUCAGGAUGUAUUUGUCAAUUUGUCACACUUUGGACAGUUUGCCAGUUUGUGGAUUUACACUUUAGUGUACUUAAGGUGUACUGGAGGAAGUCGCUGUUGUUUGAACAGUUAGUUUGCCAUAGGGGAGCUGUUAACAGGAGCUGUGGAGUUUACUUUGGGAGGUCAGGGACCACUUUUGUUUGCUUGGGUGUAACGUCCCCCCAGAAUAUACCGACAGCAACAGCAGAGUCCUCUUGUAAUAACAAAUUACCAUUUUUUUUUCUGGCUCCGUGCACACAUAACAAGAGAGAGAGAGAAGGGACCCCUGAGACAUGUUGUGACACAGAAAAUAGUUAAAUUCCCUCACAGUUAGAGCAGAGCAGUUUGUCUGCAGCUGUUUCAGGGCCUCCUGUGACGCUCCACCACCUUGUCCUUUUCAGUUUCUUCAGUGUCAAAGCCAUCAUUCCUGUUUCAAUAAGCAUCUUUCAGUCCUCACUAUGGCAACAUAGUGUUUUAUCAGAGGCAGAGGGGAGGGAAGUUCAUGGUACUAUAGUAACAGGAAUAACAUUAUGUCUUAUGAUUAUGUGGUUAAAUUGAAGAAAAAAAAAACUUGAAAGCUGGGUACAGGCCUGUCGGUAGUUGCACAGAGAAUGAUUGUAUGGAAAAAGAAGGUUUACAUUUUAUGUUAACAAGGUCAUUUUAAGUAGAAAGAUGUCUCCACCGGAUGAUUUAGUCAGAUAUUAAACUCAGCGUCCUCGUAUGUAGCUGUUGCAUAAUCUCAUUCAUCGUCGUAUUUGUUGGUGCUGAUGCUAAAUGGCAGCACUGUGUCCUGAUGCUUGCAGUCUUACAUGUUCAUCUGUCACCUUUUCUUCUUCAAGUCUUUAAGACAUUUUGUCAGAACUGCUACAACGGUGCAGUGUUUCUUUAUUGAAGCUGAGGCAAUUGUACAGAUGUUUCUGAUAACACCUUACAUCCUAUCUCAGCGAUAACAUGGUUAUAGUGGUGAUAAAUAUAAAGUAAUACCAUGCACUUCCCUGUGUGACCGUCAUGUAUAGCAGUGAAAAUUCUUGGUGGUAAAAACAGUAAUUACCUUAUGUUCCAGAUUUUCACGCUGAUAAUUGUUACCUGGAAACGCAUGAGGUCAUUUCUGUGUAAUAACUGCGAAUCAGGGCUCCAGAAUGCAAAACUACAUGUUGUAUUAACACAUUCUUAGCCUGGAUCGAUGGAAGUACUCAGAAUAAGGCUGAAUAUUUCUGUUCACGUAGCCGCACGAUUGUUAUUCUCCCUCCUUCCUCUUUCUGUACCUUAUUACUUUCGAUAUAGCCCUCGCUACGUGAAGGAACAACUUCCAAGCUGCAGUUACACCUCAAAAAUGACAAGUUUUGACACACCGCUUUUUAAGCAGUGUUUUAUUUUGUAAGGAUUCAGUCAUUUUAAUACUAAGAAAUGCUCCCUCUUGCACACGUUCCACUAGAAGAAAUUCUCCCCGUUUUCUUAGGUGCAACAUCCUGCACAGUUAGAUAACAUUUACCACUAUUACCAGGAUUAUCUAGUUAUCUGCAAAGUCAGGAUAUAUAGGUCUGGGUAAGCAAUACUACCAAACUGUCAGUCCCACUGUUACCAUGUUGUUACUCAGCUCUGAUGUAAAGUGCAACCAUGUUUUCCAAAGAAACAUAAUGAGUAUUUUUACCCCAACUGUGUGUGUGUGUGUAAUGUCACAGCCAAGCAGCUGUGAAUUUCUUAUGAAUUCAUCUAACAAACCCAGUUAAAUACUGAAGUGAUGAAUGACAGAUUAAGAAAUGUGUUAAUUCAUUAUGGCCUCAGAAUGAGUUUGACAAGAAAUGAACCUGCACUGAAACCUGCAAAGACGAGGCACCUCAACAUUCAUUGUCCCUGGAUCACCGUCAUGUUCAUGAGACUGAGUGACAGUUUCAUACCGUGUGUUUUGUCAUAAUGUUUUUUUUGGCUCCUAUACUGGUGUCCUUCGAACCUGCUUCUCCUCUAUGAGUAAGUUGUGGUUAUGACCCUUUUGUGCUUCAGGGGCGCCCCCUGCUGUUCAGGGCCUCGUUCUGCUACAGCCAGAGACCUGCACCUCAGUGGAACUGGUCGUUUUACACGCAGCGCCUUUUCUCUCCUUUGUCUGGUUUCCUCCCUGUAAAUUGUACAGACUGCAGAUGUAAGCCACACAAAAGAAAAAGAUAGAAAAAAAAUCAAUGGAUCCUUUUAAACUUGUAAAAAAAAAAAAGAAAAAGUAUGGUAGUGAAAAAA